AUGUCAAUAAGCAUUCUGGCGUUCCUCGCUGAUAUGGCUAGUACCUCUCCGCGCGUGCAGAGAGCCCUUUAUAGGUUUCGAGCAAUCAUCCUAGGUUUUAACCACAUUUUAAUUAUCAGCCUAGAGAAUGCUUUAUGCCCGGAUAUUCCCAGCCCAGAUUGUAUACUUAUCGAAUUACCACCAGACUGGGAAUAUCAUGAGUAUGUUGGAAGACGCGAACGGCGUAUCAAGAAUCUGACCCUUUCUCCAUAA